AUGUCCAUUAGAAGGUCGACGUCCGACGGUAGAAAAUGCCAGUGCUUGAGUUAUGUCGAGCUGAGCAGCAGGUCACGACGACGACGGGCUCUGCGUCAUUGCAAGUUUCUGGUUGCGUCGGACUUCGGGUCACUCGGGCUUCAGAUCACAUCGGCCAAGUAUCACUUCUGGCUUCGGCGGGGCUUAGAAUCAAAAGAUAUUAGUCAGAAUGAAGAGCUGGUCCUCAAUGCUCUAAUCACCAUCAAUAAUCUAUCUUUCUAUGACAUCAUCAAUAGUGCAAUUGUGGAGAGGCAGGUACAGAUAGCGAGAUUAUUACUGAAGCAACUAGUUACUGAUCAUAAAGAAGGGAUGAUAGAAGCAUCUAGGGUCUUUGGAAACCUCUCAAGAUCAGUCGAUAUACGCAACUUUUUGACGGCCAAAAAGGUGGAUGAGAUGAUGGUGACUCUACUGGACUCUGGUAAUAGAGAGUUUGUCUAUACGUCUUGUGGUGUGCUUAUAAACCUGAUGGCAGAUCAGGAGAGGAGACCAAUGCUCAAGAGAGAGGGUGGUGUCAGCAAAUUGAUAGAUGUAUUACGUGACUUUGGACGCAGUGAUUGGCAGCUUGCUGGUAUGGUUUGUAUGACGCUGUGGAACUACAGUGAGAACAUCGUCAACUCCAAUGAGACCUUUGGAGAGCAAGAGACCGGCGAAUUUACAGAACUGCUUGUGGACUACCUGGAUGAGGAAGUGGCCCUGGAGGUUCCUGAGGAUGCAGACUGGGAUGCAGAGACCCAGCAGCUCAUGAAGUCCUACUGGAAGACAGAGUUCUGUCCCGUAGCGUCGCAGCUCCUGGACCGGAUAGAACACCACCACUCUGACUUGGUUACGAUAGACUCACCAACCAACGUCACUAUGGCUUCAUCUUGAGGGUCCUUUGUUUGAUGAUUUCAGGUGUGGUUUUGGUUUGGGUCUUGAUAGUGUGAACUAGGAUACCCAGCAUGGGUUCUGAUAAAUAUGAUACUAAUCAUGUUAUGGAUGGUUCUAGGAGAGUUCCCCUGAUGCUUUGCAAGAUGUCCUUGAAGGAAUUGGUAUUUAGGUAAGAUGUUCUUCAAGGAGAUUUGACUUCAGGAGAGCUAGCCUCUCCAAGAGAAGCGUUCCAGAAGAAUGGUCCUGUGUGAAUUGCAUGAGGGGCGCUUGUCUUCUUGGUGAAUUAUCCUGUUACGGUUGGUGAUAGCUCAAGAUCAGUUGUUACUAGUCUCAGCACCCAGGACUAUUGUCCUUGUUCUUCCGUCCAUGCGACGAGGACCGUCUAAUCAUCCUGGGAUUUGGAUUAAUUAAGCUUGUAGGGUCCACAGAUGGCUGACCAAGCCAAUCCUGACGUUUACAGAGGGCAUAGAAUCACAUCAGCAGAUCCAACAGUUGCAUGUUAAGUCAAAGUACAGUAAAACCUGUCUAUAGUGGCCACCUAAGGGAAACGAAAAAAACUGUCUAUAGUGUUUACAGAGGGCAUAGAAUCACAUCAGCAGAUCCAACAGUUGCAUGUUAAGUCAAAGUACAGUAAAACCUGUCUAUAGUGGCCACCCAAGGGAAACGAAAAAUGUGACCUUUGUAGACAGGUGGCUGCUAUGGACAGGUUGUUUAACACAUGAUUUGUCUCUGAGGGAAUCAUUUUAGUGGCCACUAUAGACAGGUUGGCUGCUAUAGAGAGGUGGCCGCUAAGACAGGUUUGACUGUACAAGGUUGGGGAACCUUUUUCAAGAUCGUCACAAACUGUCUUUGAUCAGGAAACACCCAGAAAGAACUCACACUGCAUGAAUAUACCCCCAAAAAAACUUGGUGGACAAUUUAUGAAGUCUGCGGGAAGUUAGAAGAACCCAGUAGUGCCCAGGAGAUGCUGAUUGCCAAAUGCAGGCUUUCUGAAUAGAAUAAGAUCCAUGUGCCUUGAUACAGAUGUCUCCAGACCCACACAGACUCUUUGGUGCAUGUGUCGCUUGGGGGUCUGGGAAUGGGAGACAGUCGCUGACUCACUCGGGUAUGGGCAAAGUUCCUAUUUAGGGGAUGUAGAACUCAUCAGGGGGUCGUUGAGGCUACAGAUAAUGGCUAUGAUCUGGCUGUGAUCUUCAUCGCUUCUCCCUGUUUCAUGAAAAUACUCAUUAUGUGAAAUCUUUUGAAGGAUUCUUUCAUUUUAUUUGCCUCAGAGAAAUUGAUUGAUUGAAGUGGUAUUUAUUCCAAUAUCUUUGUUUAUUUAGUGCAAAAAAAAGGUAUCAUAUCGGGCAUUAAAAAAAUGUGUCCUUCCAAGUCUUGACUUAGCAGUAUUAAGUCUGUUUGAUAUCUGUCAUGAAUGAAAUGCUGAUUUGUGUUGAUAUCCUGCCUAUCGUAAAAUGAUAUACAAAGAUAUGUAAGAGCUUUCUUUGUAUCACAUAUGCUGGAUUUUUUUUUCAUUAUCACUCUUCUACAGAUAUUCUUGUAUUUUGAGGUCUCAGAAUUUACCAGUCUCGAAAAAUAUAUUGUUAUUCCAAAGCGUUUUGACGGUAAAAAUAUGACAUCGCCAGAAAUAAUAGCCUUCCAAAAUACCAAAAGUAGACCUCUCAAAUUGCAAAGAAAAAACCCCAUAAAAUCGGGUUCAAUAAUCAGAGCUUAUCUCUCUCGGCUAAUGGCUGAUUUACUGUAAUUUGCUGGUUAGCUCUUUUCAACAGCGUACAAAUAACGUAUGGUUCUGAGUGCAUUUGGUUGAAUUAGCACAUGUGAUAACUUGAAGCCAUUAAGCACAGGAAAAUGGCUUUUGACAAUUCUCUUUACAAACUUACAAUGUCCUCUUGAUUAUUGUGAAUCCCCCUCAUGUCAAGAUACAGAGAUAUGAUUGAAAUGCUUGUGUAAGCUUUCCUGAAAUUCAUUAGUAUCAUCACUUUUUGUCACGUAGCAUUGUCUCUGAAUUGAUAUUAGUCAAUUACUUAAAGCUUUAUUGAAAUGUUCACAUCAUCCAAAUGAUGUGCACUCACAUUUCACACACCAUGAUGAAUUUUAAUUGGAAGUGAUUUGAAGUUCCUAGAAAGCCACACAUUGGGUAUUAGCAAAGAUACUACAAGGGGAAGAUCGGACACUUCAGCAAUUUUUUGAAACGCUCGAUUAAUGCUCAUGGGGAAGGGUGCCCACUAGCGUUGAGUAAGUAAACCAUCGCACAUCGGCACGCUGCUGUGUAUAAAACAUUUGGGGGAAAUGAGAGAGUGGAUUUGGGAGAGGGCUCAUGGGCAACGCAUGUGGAUUAUUUCAGCUUUUUCAAUCCCAGAAACCUCUCAAAUAUAUUGAUUUAUAAUUUUAUGGGGAAAAAAAUUGAAGAAACAAAUUCUUAAAAUGUACAAAUAGUCUAUUCCUUCACCCCUCCACCAUUUCUCUCAUAGGUUUUGUACACAACCAUAUUGCGAUAUGCAAAGGUAAAAAAAGGUUGUUAUUUACUCAAGUACUCAACACUGUAGGGCGCUCUUCCGGAGCGUUCCAUUGCACGCUCUGUGCACUGUCCGAUCUCCCCUUUGUAGUAUCUUUGGUAUUAGAAUUUAGUAUUAUAUUAGAUGUAUAUUUCAUCUACUGUACAUGUAGAUCCCACAGAUAAGUACGUGAUUACCAAAUUCAUGCUUGUAUAUAUUAAUAGACCACCUGUUAUAAAGGCUUGUGAAUAUGAAUUUUA